GCCGCUAUGAUUGGCCGCCGUACGCAUGCAGCGGCUCAGCCUCCGUGAAUGAGAAAGCGGGUAACCAGGCAACUUCAGAGCUGCGAAGGGAGCGCGCUGGGACGCAGGAAGACGGAGCUUUGCGGAAACGAAGAUGGAGACAGUAAACGAGUUUGAAAACGCCGAGGUCAUGUGAUUCCACGGAACAAAUGGAUUGUCUUGAGCGUGCUCUUCCGUUGGCGCGCGCACGUGAAGGGGACACAGACGUGGAUUCAAACGCGUACGUGGGACACUGCGCAGGCGAAAGGGUUCAGAGCCAGUGACUGCGAGAGGCUGUCCGAUCGCGUGUGAUGUUCUCUCGGAGGGAAUAAUAGCCACUCCUGACCUACUGUGAAGAACAAUCUUUGAUCCAAUCAAUGCUACCACCUCUCUUGGGGGAAUUAUUCCUGCGCAAGCGGCGAACAUUGAGAAAAGAGCACCGGUCGACCAUGUGAUACUUGACCUUCAAGGAGGCGAACUCCGGAGGAUGCCGAAUCAGAUCUGAAGCUUUUCCCAAGAGGAUCAUCAAGCUCUUCAUGACUUGUUUGCUAAUACGCACACAUCAUGGCCAAGUGAAGAGGGCUAUUCAUCAAUGCUGGAUCUUCGUCCGUAGAGGAGUACCAGACAUCGCAGCAUGAAUAUGAAAUUGAUUUUUCCAGCGGUGACGUGCCCGUGAGAAAGACGGAAGUAGGGGAAGAGUUGGCGUCGGAUCAACUGCUGUGGCCGCGAACCCAUGGUGGACUUGCUGUGAGCCGGACGAGGGACUCAGCGGUGGAGAAUGUCAGCAGAGGCCGAGCUCCAGCCGGGUGUCAAAACCAUCCACAGAAAGGAGUCGAGGAGGAUCAAAGGUCAGGACCGCACCGAGGCGGGGCUUAUUAAGCGUUUCCGUGGAGAUGGCGUACGCUACAAGGCCAAGCUGAUCGGGAUUGAUGAGGUGACAGCAGCACGCGGGGACAAGCUGUGCCAGGACUCCAUGAUGAAGCUCAAGGGCAUGGCUUCCUCGGCACGUUCCAAAGGAGAACACAAGCAGAGAGUCUUCUUGACGGUCUCUUUCGGAGGGAUCAAGAUUUACUGUGAACGGUCAGGGGUGCUCCAGCAUCAGCACUCCGUCCAUGAAAUCAGCUACAUUGCCAAGGACACCAGGGACCACCGGGCCUUUGGCUACGUUUGCGGAAAGGAGGGCCACCACAGGUUUGUCGCCAUCAAGACUGCCCAAUCGGCGGAGCCUCUCAUUAUUGACCUGCGUGACCUCUUUACGCUCAUCUACGACAUUAAGCAGCGGGAGGAGAUGGAGAAAAAGGCCCAGAAGGACAAACACUGUGAGCAGGCCGUCUACCAGACCAUCCUGGAGGACGAAGUAGAUGAUCCAGUUUACCAGUACAUAGUGUUUGAGGCUGGACACGAACCCCUGAGUGGCCCCCAGUCAGAGGAGAGCGUUUAUCAGGUCCCAACCAGUCAGCAGAAGGAAGGCAUCUAUGAUGUCCCAAAACGCCAUUUCAUGACUAAUAUCAACCACUUCGAUCUUUUCGGCGACAUGUCCACUCCUCCCUCGGUGAGUGCUAUGCCCCCGUCGCCCGCCAACACGCUGGACCCGAGCAGGAGCAGCCGCCAGCAGCAGCCGCACAAUCCUGCCGACAUGUACGCCCCCUUCAGCCCCACCUCUGUGCCGUCAGGUUACAUGACCAUGGGCGCCGUGCAGGCGUCCCAGUGGGCCCAGCAGCCGUUUGCCGGCCAGACGCAGACUCUGGCCUUCCCCGUGCAGGGGCCCCUGCAGGUGGCCCAAGUUCUGCCCGGAGGUCAGCCCGUCAUCUGGAGCCAGGCCAACAUUUUCCGAGCCAGCCAGCAGCAGUGGGCGGCCAUGGCGGCUUACGUGCCGGCCCAAACCGUGGGCGUCGGGGGCCACGCCGUCCCGGCCGCCGUGCUCCAAAGCCUGGUGCCCAUUACCGCCGUACGCCCCCAAGCCUGCGACCUGUCCGCCCCCUCUUCGGCCAUCGCCAGCCCGCAGCACGCCGCCGACCCCGCCCCGCUUCAGAGGCGACUCAGCCUGGGAAAAGACGGCCCGGGCGUGGACUCGGACACGGGGGAGUGCCCGUCUACGUCGGGGGCGGGGUCCGCCGCCCCGGGCCUCGUGGGCGGAACCGACACGCUGGUGUGCGGUCAUCAGUCGGCGCCCCCUGCUGCUCCGGAAGACGAAGGCGGUGACCUUGAUCUGUCUCGGAUGACCUUGAGCCCGGGUCCCACCGCAUCGCCAUCGACUGAAUCACCGUCCACGCCAGCUCCUCAGCAGAGCUCUCCGUCAGACCGCCCCCCCGCCCAAGCCGCAGAUCCCCCAAACGUCGACUCCAGCCGUGCCGAGGAGGAGCGAUCGGGCUCUGCUGCCGCAAUGCCAACGUCUCCUUUGCCCGAUGGCGCCUGCGAUCCAUCUGAGGAUCGGUCCAUCGUUAUUUGUGCGUUGUGCUCCACCUCUGCGGCUGACUGUGACCAGAGUGUUUACUUAGAGAGUUUAGCGCUCAUCUCGUCGUUCCCUGGCAGUCACAAAAUCCCAAUUAUGCCUUCAGUGCGUGGACUCGCUUUGCACUGCUGUCUCCUCACCUCUGCAGCACUCAGCUUGUGGCUUUCAAGUACAGUCGCUGUGACAUCAGCCAGCAAUGAGGAUGGGAGAGUCCGUGAAGCUCGCUCAGUGGGUGACCAGGCCCCGGUUCAGCCAGUGGACUGCGUUCUGUCCGAGUGGAGUCCAUGGUCACGCUGUGACGUUUGUCAGGGGAAAAGAUAUCGCUACGCCAAAUUGAGCCAGCCAUCACAGUUUGGAGGGGAGCCGUGUGAUUUUCAUGGGAGGGAGGAGGAAGGCUGUGAGGUUCCAGCACGUUACACCUGCAUCAACAUUCCACUGUGUGAAGGUUUCCUGUGCAGCCAAACAGGUCGCUGUAUCCCACGAACGCUGCAGUGCAACGGGGAGGAUGACUGCGGUGACAUGUCAGACGAAGCGCAAUGUAGGAUGAGUCAGAAGCCCUGCAGACAUGAGGCUGAGGAGUACUGGGGCAUUGAGAACCUUGCCAAGGGCAUUAACAUCUUGAAUAGCAACCUGGAGGGAGUUGUUCUGGAUAACAGAUACUAUGCUGGCAGUUGUUUGCCUCACUACAUCCAGGAUGUCCGAUUCAGGAAGCCUUACAACUUGCAGCAGUACACUUUGCAGACAAAAGGCUCGUACGAUUUCAGUCUCGAGGCUUUUGAGUCGUACUCCGACUACAUGGAUCACACCACGAAGGAGCGGAUGACUCAAACCAUUGUCUCCAUCGGAUUUGCCAUUCCAGGUAUUUUUGAAUUUGGCUACAACCACAACAAAGCCAAAUACUCCAAGUCGGUCCAGAAGAUUCGUCGGGCCUCCGGCAAAGCUUACAGCUUCAUCAGGGCCAAAGCCGAGCUGGAGUUGGCCCAGUACAUGCUCAAGUCAAACAACCUGAUGCUGAGCCCGGAGUUCCUGCAGCGCCUUCGCUCCUUGCCUCAGUCCUACGUUUACGGCGAAUACAGGCAGAUCUACAGAGACUACGGGACACACUACAUCACAGAGGCCGCCCUCGGAGGGGAGUAUGAGCACACCAUCAUCCUGGACAAAGAAAAGCUGCAGAAGACUGAUUAUUCUUUGACAGACUACAAAUCGUGUACGCAGUCAGGACUUAAGGUGGGCGCCAACAUAUAUGGCGUUUACGUGUCGGUGGGCUUUCAAGGUGGAUCCUGUGAUGGCCUCCUCAAUGAGAUGGGAGAGGAGACCUCACAUGGUAGCAUGGUGGAGGACACUGUGGCGGUGGUAAGGGGGGGCAGCAGCGAAUCCAUUACUGCCUUGGUGUCCCAGAAACUUCCCUCUCCACAGCUGAUGAAACUAUGGGGCGAGGGAGUGCGCUUCAACCCAGACUUCCUUCACAGAACGACUCGACCUCUGUACGAGCUGAUCACCUCCAGAGACUUCACCCAUGACACCAUCUUGAAGAGAAAUCUGAAACGGGCCCUGUUGGAGUACUUGGAAGAGGCCAGCCCGUGUCGAUGUGCUCCUUGCCGCAAUAAUGGAGUGGCUGUACUCAGAGGCACCAGAUGUGACUGCGUGUGUCCCGUUGGCUACAGCGGCCGCGGCUGUGAGGUCACGCACAGACAAAAAGAUAUAGCCGUCGAUGGCAGCUGGAGUUGCUGGGGUUCGUGGUCCUCCUGCAGCGGAAGAACAAAGACGAGGAGUCGCCAGUGCAACAACCCGGCGCCCGGCGAUGAAGGCCUGCCGUGCAGAGGGUUGCUGCAGGAGUCCACCGAAUGCUUUUAACAUAGCCCAACUUGCACACAUCUUUCCAAUUCCCUGCUGAGAAUGUUGCUUCAUCACUUUUUUGUCCCCGUGUGCCUCGACAGAUAACAUUUUAAAUAAUAUAAUAAUGAUUGUAACAAUGUCAUCAUUUGAUGUGUAAAUGCUCCAUUGGUAGGGUAGUUAUUCACAUUGUUCCGACCUUUCUGGCACCACUUCCGGGAGAUGGUGGGUUUGGUGUCUUGCUCAAGGGCACCUCGACAGGACUCAGGAAACAGACCGGCAUCUCCCCAACAAAUAGUUUCCGUUUAACGACUGCAGCGGGACCGGAACCGCUUCUGCCGCCCCAAACAACGUUCGGCGUCCAGUUGGUUUCUGUGUCCGUCGCUUUGCCAUUUGUCAACAUUUACAUUCCAGUUCUUCAAAUUGUUUGAUUCAGGCAACACAAAUUCAUUCACGAUAAAAUAUAUAUUGUGUGA